AUGGCAGUAGAGCGAUCUCCGGGCCAUCCCAUCGUCAUCCCAAGCUGCCCAUCCAAUGCCAUGCAGCCCAAAACCCUCGAAUCCUCAAUACCAUUCCCCCCUUCUCGUCUUUUCUCCGCACACACCCCCUUCCCCUGGAUCCCUGACCCUGAACCCCUGGGCCCAGAGAAUUCUAGCAGGGCGAACCAGGGAAAAACUGCAGAGCAAAGAGGCAAGGCAGCUGUGCAGGUAUGCUGGCAGCGGGCCGACCAGGCUGUGAAGUCACAAGUGAAAGGAACGGUGGUGGGCUGGCUCGACAUUUCGCGUGAAGCGCUGCCUCAAGCCCACUAUUUCCAGCAACUAUUGCUUGGUCUCUCCACUCUCCUAAUAAAAAUAGGCCCUGCGACUGGGUGUUGGAACCAGGGAAGUGCGUCGAUGUGGGAGAAAGCAGACCAGACUCACAAAGCCCAGAGUCCCAGAGCAGCAGACCAUCAGCAGGAACUAGAAAAAUGGCCCACCAAGAACGCAGGACGCGGGACGCGGGACAUGGGAUGCAGAAGUGAGGAGAGGAGCAAAGCAAAGCAGAGCAGAGAGCAGAGGAGAGCAUCGACCUUUCAUAUUUUCUCUCCUGGAGACCUGGAGACCUGGACUGGCCCUGCUCACGUUCUUUCUGACAUGCCCCUGUUUGGUCGACGGGGACCCUCACACUUGGCUGGCCUGCGUUAG